GCAUUUUUGUUUAUUAAUGCAUUUGAAAAAAUAUUUUAAUUAGUUUCGCUGCAUGUUUAUACACUGCCAAUGGAGUCUUGGAUUAAACUUGGAAUCCGCCUCAACCAAUUCAUAUCUAUUAACAUAAUUAAAAAUUCCAUCAGAUUUUUAAAACCUAUGUUCCACGAGUAUUAAUAAUUGAAACAUUGUCCCAUUUCAAAGCAUUUUAAACAUCUGGAUAUAUUAAAGAGUGCAUGUUUGAUGCAACCGAAAUCUUGCAUAUAAAUAAUUUGUCAUGGGGAAUCUCUUAUUUGAUGUUACAAAAAAAAGCGGUCAUGAAAUUGGAAAACUUUGCAAGAUGUUUGGAGAGAACACCUCGCCAGCCGCCUUAGUAUGCAAAUCAAAAUGAGGGAAACAUCAUAUUUAUCUGGCGCAAUCCCAGCGUGGGGCGAUCAUUUGCUAAUUCUCUGAUAUUCAAAAGAGAUGGAAAGACCACACGCCAUUCCGAACAGCCUCCUCCCACGGAAGGCGGUGGGAAAAGCUGAGAAACCGCUGGGUCCCUGGAGGGAAACGUUCGCCUUUUUCCCCUGGAGAGCUGACAAUGGUUUAAUGGAUGGAACAGGAUUGCAGUGACUGGGGGGGGUGGCGAGAGCGUUCACUUGGCCUCUGCUCUUCCGCUGCCUCCUUAAAGAGAAGGAAAGGCAUUUGAGGGAAGAGCCUGUCGGAGGUGUUGACGUCUUGAGAGCGCUGUCAUUCCCCAGACGUGACACUCAAUGGUCAGCUUUCAUUUUUCGCCAGGCGGAUUAUCAUUUUAAACAUCAGCCCGUCCUUGCAGCAUCACUUUUCCUUUUGGGUGGUGGGUCGGAGUUGGAAGGUGUAUAAAGUGAGGGGAAAGAGAGGAGGGGAAGAGUUAUUGUCGAGUCUCCCAGGCGCUGUGCUGUGCAGCAAGGAGGGAGAGGCACUAGCGGCUGUGUGAGUGGACGGCAGAGUGCCCCCAAUGGGUUAACUGGGUGCCGGGGGCAGUCAGCAGAGAGUGAGGACACACUGCGAGAGCGACAGUGUUUACUGGCGGGAGACUGACUGACCACAGCAGCAGCGGCCGCUCACCAUGUGAAAACAACUGGACACUCAAACACUUGCUGUGAUCCAGAGAUUUCACCUCCACUCUGAAACUCCCACUCCCCCACCCCCUCAUCUGUUGGGGGGGGGAGGAAUUCUUUUCCUUUUGGAACUGGAAAGGAUUCAUCUGAUGUCGCCUCUUCACCCACGUGUCAGGAGGGCUCGCUGCUGAACCGUGUCUCUUUAUCCAGCCCCUUGCCCAAAAGAAAAACAAAACGCUCACUGUGUGUUUCCGAGGCCGAUCUGCUUGGACGAUGAAAGGCAGCAGACUGGCCAUCGUGACUGUCCUCCUGUGGCAUCAGCUAGCCCUCUGCAGGCAGGCGGUGGCUAAGAGAGCGCUGAGGAUAAACCAACGCACCGAACCCUACAACAGCACCCUGCAGACCAACAGCGACGAGGGCUCUUCCCUCCAGAUCCCCUCCUCCAGCCGGGAGGGUGGAGAAACAGGACGUGGACUUCUUCAUGACGUCCGAAGCCAGUGCCAGUCCAUGGUCAGCCAACAGGUGGCACCCUCGUUGCAGGGUGAGACGACCCAUCUCCCAGAAAAUCGAGAGCAUCGUCCAGUGGACCCACACUCAUCCUGGAUCAAAUUUGUGCAACGAGAUGGAGUCAGGAAAAACAAGAAGUGCAAAGCUAACCGGAAGAAAGUAUUGCCGAGCCUCUUUGGACCACCAGGACCUCCAGGACCCCCUGGACCCCCUGGACCGGCUGGAGCUGAGGUCACGCAGGAGUUCCUGCUGCGCGAGUUUAAAGAUAUGAUAAGAGAAGCAGCAGAGAGACGGGCAGCCAUUCUGACAGAGGUCCAUCCCAGUUUGAGUCCACCACCUUCUCUCCCAUUUGAAGACAUCCGUCCAUACAAAAGAGUAGAGGAAGCUUUUCACUGCAAACUGAAAGGGAUAGUUAUUGUGGACAAGAGGACCCUCUUAGAGCUUCAGAACUUCCAGGCGCCACUUGCAAAAGGUGCAUUCCUGAGAGGAUCUGGAAUGAAUGUGUCGACUGGGAGAUUUACAGCCCCAAUAACUGGCAUCUACCAGUUUUCUGCCAAUGUACACAUCGAUCACAGUGAAAUGAAGAGCAAAGGACCACUUCGUCCAAGGGAUAAUGUGCGAGUUCUCAUUUGCAUCGAGUCCCUCUGCCAACGGAAUACUUCCCUCGAAGUUAUAGUUGGGCUGGAAAGCAACAGCAAAAUAUUCACAGUCAAUGUGCACGGGCUACUUCAGUUACAGGCUGGCCAAUAUACCUCUAUAUUUGUGGACAACAGUGCAGGAGCACCCAUUUCUAUCCAGAGUGGAUCAGAUUUUAUGGGAAUACUUGUUGGAGUAUAGCAAGUCAUAUCCUCUUUUGAAGAAAUUAACUUUGAUGCCAACUUUAACGUUAGAAUUCUGCUCUUUUUAAAAAAAACGUCAGUGAUGGAAUAAUUCAAGUAACUGUUGACAUGAAGAAAGGCUGGUGGGAUUUUACCUUCAACAAUUGCUACCUUUUGUUCCCUGCCUCAUUGUUCUUUCAUCAGUCUUUAAGAAAUCCAUAUUGGUUAGAACUUCAAAAAAAAUACGCAGUGCCACGCUCAGUGGCAGGUUGUCAUCUGCAACACUGGACUGCAAAAUGCUAAAGUGAUUGUACAUAACUUUCCUUCAGGCACAGCAGUAGAAAGGUUAAACAAGACAUGCAAAUUGAAGCUGUUAUUGCCUUGCUAAUGGUAAAGCUCCUCACAACAACAAAAAAAUUAAUUUUAUUGAUUAAAUAUCAUUGUAAUAUUGGAAUGUUGAUUCUACAUUAUUGUAUGCUCAGUGAUAUAGUAUCUUGCAGCUUUAUUAAUGGCUCAUUGCUGCCCAGCAAUUUUGAGUUGUUUCAGUGGACACUGGGUUACUGGUAUGACUUUUGGAUUCACUAGCACACCUACUAAUUGUGCAGAAACUCUAAGCUGCACAUGGGAAAGGAGAGAAGAAACCCUACAUUACACACUACAACUUGAACGAAAAUGUUGUGGUUCACAAUGCGAAUGUCCAGAUUAAAGAGGAUUUGAUUGAUGACAAACAUUGGUAUUUGAAAUGAGCUAUGAGAUGUGUAACCGUGUACAGAGUUGAGAGAAUGUAAGGGGCAAAUUCCUCGAUUUGGAAGUGGACUUGCAAGCAAGUUUUAUUCCUAGCAUUUAGACUUGUGACACUCUGGUGCAAUUUCAAGCAUUUUUGAAGCCAGACUUUGACAUAUUACAUGUACUUAUACAUAUAUAUAAGGUCUUGUGUUAUAUGUGUACCCUGCUGAAACUUUGCUAUGUAAAUAAUUGCAAUGGAACACUGAGUACCCCAGAGCUGUUACCUGUGAUGCUACUAGAUGGCACAGUACUCAAAUGGAAAUUUCAGUGUUAAAAUACACCACUCUUGAAUGGAAGCACAAUUAAUAGACAUAGUAUUGUGGCCCCACAAAUUACUUCUACUGAAAAAUAUUUGUCGAAAGCAAAGUCCACAUUUUUUCUUCAUAACUGAAGUUACUAAUAUCCAUACUAAAGGUUGCAAUCAAAUUUUACAAAACAUUAAAAAUGGCAUAACAAUUCCCCACUGAAUUGUCUUUAUAAAACCUUCAUUAACUUCUUUGUAAACUUUGAAACCUCAAGAGCUGGGUCACUUUACCAGCCGGCUGUCUAACUUGUUAUUAGGCUUAUGUUGCACAUUAACACUGGGGUAUAGACCCAGAUAAAUCAAAUUACCUUUCUAUGCUGUAAAUUCAAUACACUUCUGAACGUAUAUAACUUGCAGUUUCAUAGCAUGUAAUCUUGUACAUAAGCAGGGGUUGAAAGAAAAGGUACAGUCCUCUGACGAUUGGAACAUUUGAGAGUGUGCUUGAUUUAAAAAACUUGGAAAGCUACAACUGAAUUCUUAAAGGUUUUAUUGCAGACAAACUUUUUUUUAAUGUAAAUUAGUGAUUGAUGUAAGUAGCAUCCUUUCAGAAAUAGCUGCCAUUACUUACAGUGAAAUUUCAUUGUCACUUGCUUCUCUGCAACUUUUAUUUUGCCAGCUACCAAGUGGGAUUACUCCAUUGAUCCAUCUUUUGUACACGAGUCUACUAACUAUAAAGCCGUAUGACCUCUGACUCAGUGUGAGAAAUCCCACAGGACAUUACCAAAUAAUGUGUGUCAAGUGCAAAACCUCCUAUUGUCACACUUACUAAGCCCAAGUCUUGCUAUUCUUCUGCUUUCAAACAGAGUUCAGUGUGAAUGCCAGGUUGAGUGUAAAAUUGGGCAGGUGUAACAGGUGGAGUGCCACAGGGAUCAGUGCUGGGGCCACAAUUUGUUGAGGAAAGUAAAUGUUCUUUAGCCAAGUCUGAUGUGCGAAGGCAUUUGCUGAGGAUGUCACAAAGAGUCUGCAGAGAUAUAUAGACAGAUUAAGUGUGUAGCCACAAGCUUGGCAGAUGGGGGAAAAAAGUGGGAAAAUGUGAGGUUAUGCACUUUGGAAGGAAGAAUAUGUAUGCUGGAUAUUAUCUAAACGGAGAAAGCUGCAGCACAGAGAGAUUUGGGAAUCCUCGUGCAAACAUCUCAAAAAGCGAACAUGCAAGUUCAGCUGGUAAUAGGGAAGGCAAAUGAUAUGUUGACCUUUAUCUCAAAAUGGAGUGUAAAAAUAGGGAAGUCUUGCUAAAAUAAUCCAAGGCACAAAUCAGGCCACAGCUCGAAUACUAUAAACAGUUAGGGGCUCCCUAUCUAAGGAAAGAUAUCCUGGCUUAGAAGCUGUCCAGAGCAUGUGCAGUGAACUGAUCCAGGCGUGGAGGGACUGUCUUAUGUGGAGAGCUUAAGUAGGUUGGAUCUACAUUCAUUGGACUUUAGAAGAAAGAGAGGCAGCCUUUUUGAGAUAUACAUAGGGUUCUGGAGAGGCUAGAUACAUAAAGGUUGUUUCCCCUUGAAGGAGAGGCAAAGACCAGAGGGCGUCAUCUCACAAUAAAGGGUUGCUCUUUCAAAACAGACAGGAGGAGGCAUAUCUUUUCUCAGAGGGCAGUGAAUUUAUGAAAUGCUUUACCACAGCGAGCUGUUGAGGCUGGCUCAUUGAGUAUAUUCAAGGUCGUGAUAGAUUUUUAAUCAGUAAGAGAAUCAAGGUUUCUGAGGAAAAGCAGGAAAGUGGUGUUAAGGAUUAUCAGAUCAACCAUGUUCUAAUUGAAUGGGAGAGCAAACUGGAUGGCUUGAAUGGCCUGCUUCUGCGCUUUCGUCUUAUGGUCUUUUAGGGUGUAGAGCGGGUGUAUGAUCCAGAACUGUUCUGUUCCUGGUUUAUUUAAAAUCAGGACUUUAUUUUCAAAUGGCUGCUUCUUGUAGCUCCAUUCUGUCACCCGACUCUUGACCGUGAUGUAAAGUUCUGUUUUCAAUGUGUUAAUCCUUCCCUGACUCAUGCUAAAGCCUGUUGUGGGUUAUGUAUUUGAAACAUCUCUCUUUGGUUGAGCCAAUGAGGAUUCCCAGCGAUCUGCUGGGAGGAAAAUGGUUCAUUUAUUUCCUGUAGCCAAGCUGUUGUGGCCCUUUAGUGUUGGCUGGAAACAACACAAACAUGAAAUGGUUUUGCCACGAGGUUAUAUGCGAUGAGCUUGGUAGUCAAUUAACAUGAACAGGUUUAAUGUUGGCCCUGCAAUGGGAGCUGCGGUGUCAGCUCAAUGUUAAACUCUAUGCCAGUUUCAUGCUGUAUUUAGAUGCUAGCUCCAAUAUCAACGUGAAAGGAGAAAACUUUGCCUGAAUGCUGCAGUGACAUUGUCAGUAGAACAGCCUUGAACUGACACCGCAGUUACAAAUGCACCUCAAAUUUCAUUGUCAGCGUUGCACUGGCCAUAUCCCUAAGCACAGUGGCUUCAGUCUUCAGUUGUCAGAUAGUCUGCCUGCAAAUUCCCAGUUAGAAACACAGGUUCCAUUUUGUAUUUUCCCCCUCUGGACAUGAGCUGGCCUCAUGUCCAGGGUCCCAGCUCUGAAUGAGCCAGACUUGGAACAGCAUUUAACAUUUGUUCUUCAGCUAUGAGCCAAUCUUGCCCCAAGUCUCCAUCUGUACAGAAUAUGAAGGUCGGUGAACAAUUUUUCUUUUUGCUUUUCUGGACUUGUAACUGGGAAUUACAAGUAUUCAUUAUCUGAUGUGUUUUUGAGACAAGGAUUGGAAAGAGAAAUCUUGCUGUCCUGUCUGUGUUUUCCUCAAUCUAGCAGCCUUGUCUGUGAUUUGCAUUAAUAGGUCUAGUUCUGAGGGGGGUUUUUUUCUGUUUGUUCCCAAAGUCUCUAUUUGCUUCUAAGUUCCCUUCGCUGUUUGUUCCUAAGUCUCCCUCUGCUGCUUUGUGUAUAAGUCGACUGUGUUGUUUAUAUUCUGUUCUGGUGUUUGGUAAAUCAUCUUCUCAACUUUCAACUUCCACCUCUGGCUGCUAAUGCUCCCAUAUCACAUAAAACCCAUUUCCUGGUCUUCUUGCCCCAUCUCCCAAAAUGCAACUCAUUCUAAAACAGCAUUCAUUGCUCGAAGAUUUCAUAACCAUGCCCCACAUCUUCCAAAUCUAGCAUCAGCUUCCCACAACCAUCGUACACACUACUCCCACAUCCUGUUUCUUUCAAAGUGUUUUUGGAAAAAAAGGCACACUGAAGAUUCUUACAGGAUGAGGCCACAGUGUCUGUUAAUCCACUAAUUACACACUGUUAAAUUCUGCAACCAACCCAGAAAGCUCUUACAUUUUGGGAGAUAAAAAUAGAUUGUUGUAGUCCAAUCUUUUGAAACAGUCUGAGGCCUCAGAGCCCAAACCCUUCAUCAAAGAGAUCAUGGGCACAGAAUGCAAUGUCGGAGCUAAUGUUAAUCAGAAAACCCAAGCUUUUAAAACUCAUUUUAAAUCUUUUAAUUUGGACAGUGUAGAUCUCAGCUACUGUUUAACAGUGAAAAAGCCUUUGGGUGAUUCAAUUAUGUCACUGUGAGAGCCUCAGAAAGCUGUUUGCACACUCGAACUCAAUUAUCCAUGUUUACAUAUUGAACAGAAAAUGAGGCUGUGGAUAGCUUGUCUAUAUACCGAGGUUGGAAUACAGGAUGGGCAAAUAUAACUCAGGCCCUUUUCUAAAGUUAGGCAUCCCAUCCUUUUACCUAAUAUUUAGAUAUUAUUUAAAUGAUUAGCCUGAUCAGUUUGUGUUCCCAAUCUACCAUUGGCCAUAUUGGAUUUGGGUGGCAGCAGUGGGGCAUUUUGUUUUGCAUGAGGGCUAGCCGUCUUGAGUUUUGUUAACGAUGUGCCUAUGGCCACUGUUUACUACUGCUGGAAUUACCAACCCCUACCUGCUGAGGUACAAAGGCCGUGCUGACGUCCUCCCCACUACCUGUCCCAUUAGCCCAUGCCCUUCUCCCUCUGUGUUAAGGACCUAAAAAAGUGUACCUGUCUUUGAAAAUUCAGAACACUUUCAAAUCCAAAUCCCCAGGCGGUAAAGGAUCCCGUUACAUCUUUUGGCCUGAACAAUAUUUAUUCUUCAAUCAGCACAAUUCAAAUAGAUUAUCUUGUUCUUAUCAAGUUGUUGUUUGUGGGAGCUUGCUGUACAAACUGGGUGCAAGUUUCUUACAUUAGAACUGUGAUUCCAUUUUAAAAGUACUUAAUUAGCCGUAAAGUUCUUUGGAACAUUCUGAGGUUGUGGAAGUUUCUGCACAUGCACCUUUUAAUGUAAAAGCAAGUUCUUGAUUUUUAUUCAUCUAGACCCCAGAGCUAGUCAGCUUUAUCCAGGCUACUUUGAUGGCCAAUAUAGCUCACUUCUUUGAGGUUUCCAAUAUUAAGUCAGAUUUAAUCUGAGUCACUGAAUUAGGAACACCUAGUGACAAAAGACCCCGAUAUCCAAUUUUGCAACACUCAGGAAGCCAGUCUUGGUUGGGAAUCCCUGCCUGAUUUACAGUGGGAGUCUGACCAAGCCUAAUGGGGGGAGAUUUAAAGUAAUUGUGUGUAGUUAUUUUACAAACCUAUGACAAUUUAGGAUGGAGAGGAGUCAAACUGGUUUGAGAGCAGGGAGCAAGGAUUUCUCUGUGUCACAGGCUAAUAAUUGAAACCCACCACAGUAAGCAUGUAUAAUACCUGCAUGAUAAUUUACGUGAGCAUUUUCCAUUAUAAUUUAUGACAUGGAAGUUUAUAAUGGAUGUGCAUGCAGGCAUAUGAUUAUUAAUGUAUUAUAAAUAGAUAUAUUUAUUCUGCAUACAAACAUAAGCACUAUACAAACAUACAUAAAGUUGUUUAAAUAUGCUGUUAUAUAUUUUAAAGUUGGUUUAUUCCUGAACUUCUUUAAUUGUACAAAAUAUUUUAAUUAUGUAGUGUUUCCUAUUUUUCAUUCCACACACUUCUGAUUCUAUAUAACCUCUCAUUAUCAUUUUUACUCAUCAUUUCAAUUAUCCCCAACAGCCUAAAUAUGCCACCAUAAUAAAGUAUUCACCAUUAUAACAUUAAAAUUGUCAUGUGUUGUAAUGAAAAAUCCAAUGUAAACAUUCCCACACAAACGUCACGAUAAAAAGACCUGGUACUUCUUACCUUUUGGUUCACUAUAGCUAGAAUUCCAAUGAUUACCUAUGGGUGUAGGAAGGGGGUGAAAUUUGCCUCUUUACACAAAACAGGCUUGACUCCAGUCGAAUAGAAAAUUAAAGAUCUUGUAAAAUGGGGGUUGAUUCACAUUGAACCCAUUUAGCAUCACUGGUACAUAUUCAUUGCAACUCUUUUGCCCCAUUCUAAUCAUUCAAGCUUUUUAAACACAUCAUUGCAAGUUCAAAACAAAAGGUGACAACUUCUUAAAUUCCUUUUCUUUCAACAAAUCGAUCAAACUUAUUCUGAAAAUAUUGCCGACUGCAAAAUCCCUUUUUGUAAAUGAAAUUUCCAAUGUCCAAAAUAAGGCUAUAAAUAAUAAAAGGGUUUGAAUUGUU